UUUUUUCUAUUUCUAGAUACGAACUCCUAUUCUCCUGAACCCUUUUAUUACUCCAUCAAAAUCCCUCAACGCAAAAUCUCCUACCUCAAAAUUGAUUUUUUCUUCUUUUGUAUUUUAUUUUCCUCCCUUUAUGGGUCAAAACUAUUUUCAAGAAUCGGCAAGAUUCAGCAUUUUUGCCCGUUAUCAGCUGAGCUCCGGGGAAUAUGCUAACAAGGGAUUGCUUUUGAGGUGAGGUUUGGAGAAUGAUUCUGACAAAACAAUACCGCUGCAUACAUUCGCCAAGUUGUGCUUGUACAAAAGGGCACCUUACUGAAGAAAUCAUAUUUUUAGUUUUUAACCACUUAAAUUGGAACCCGAAAUUGAUUGCGGCACUUUCUUGUGCUUGCAAAUGGUUUGAUGAUCUUGCCAAACGUGUUCUUUGGAAGGAAUUCUGCAAGACUAGAGCUCCUAAGAUGAUGCUCGAUAUGCAGUCAAGUGGGAGUCACAGUGUAGAUGGAAACUGGAGAGCUCUUGGUAAGCUGCUCAUAUAUUGUUCUGGAUCUCGCAAGGACGGGCUGUUCAGUAGCAGUCACAUUCCGGGUCAUUUUGUCUACCGUACACGCUUCUCAAGGACAUCAGGGAAGAGCUUCUUAUUACCGCAAUGCAGAACAGAUGUCUUGUACGUGUCGGAUCCUUGUGAGCACCUCGACCAGGGGGAUGAUGGUGAUGUGGGAUUCUUUCGCGGGAUAUUCAAAUCUUUCGCUACUUCGAAGGUCAGAAAACUGCUAAUAAAGAGAAGCGCUCCGUUACAUCCAACAGAGAUGUGCCCUUACUGUAAGGCAAAGCUAUGGAACAUGCUUGCAGCAAAGAUGAUACCAUCGAGUGCUAGCUGCCGGCUGGGUGCUUAUGAUGAUUGCAUCGAGUACUAUGUUUGCCUUAACGGCCAUGUGCUCGGGAUUUGCACCCUCUUGCCCUUGUCCGACACCGAUGAAGCAUCAGAAGAGUGAGGCAUGCUAUAGGCCAGUAGGUGUCAAAGAUCCAUUCGGUGCUUGCCGCUACAAAUUGGACUGAAUGCGAUUAGCUACAUGUGGAGAGCCUUGUUCCCAUCUACAGUUUAGUUAAGCGAUUGUUAACAUCUGUAUCUUCACCCUUGGUUGUAUGUACAAUGUAUGAUUUUUGUGAAAGUGCAGCUUCAGAGUAUGUAAUAUACAAGUGCUUGUCUUCUCUCAACUUGAUUAUAAGGGGCCUCAUCACUCGGUGAAAA